UUUACUCUUUGACGCUGCAAACAUCCUGAUGCAGCAGCGCCUCUUGCAGCAGGCUCGUUGUCUAAAUGACUGAUUGCUAAUUGAAACAUUGAAGAAGCGCAUGCUUUGGCGUAUGUUUUUGAUAACAGUAAACAUGACUGCGUUGUUGUCACGACUCCGCCUGGCAGAGCGCUAACCCAGUCUGAGGAGCGCGUUGGGAAGCUUCAGGAGUUAGCUCCCUGGCUAAUGUCAACACACGUAAAUACUGUGUGCUGGGGUUCAUCGCUAAUGCCACCCGUGAUCACGCAUAUGUCGGUCUUUACCCGUGGCUCGUAUUGAAUAACAGCAGCGUCAGUCCGAGCGGCCACCAUGAGGAUUUUAAGGUUUCUGAGGAGCAGCGUCUCCAUAGGAAAAGACGUGGACUAUUAUUCCAAAUUUUCGCCCUCCCCUCUUUCAAUGAAGCAGUUUUUGGAUUUCGGCUCAGAAAACGCAUGUGAGAGAACCUCCUUCUCCUUCCUGAGACAGGAGUUGCCAGUGAGGUUGGCAAACAUCAUGAAGGAGAUCAACUUGUUGCCGGAUAACCUGCUGAAGACCCCGUCGGUUCGGCUGGUCCAGAGCUGGUAUGUGCAAAGCUUCGAGGAGAUUCUUGAGUUCAAAGACAAAAACGCCGAUGAUGAGAAAGUGACAUAUGAUUUCACAGAUGCGGUAAUAAAUAUCAGGAACCGUCACAAUGAUGUCAUUCCCACCAUGGCCCAGGGAGUGGUGGAGUAUAAGGAGGCUUACGGCACAGACCCGGUGGUGAGCCAAAACGUCCAGUAUUUCCUGGAUCGGUUCUACAUGAGCAGGAUAUCCAUCAGGAUGCUGCUCAACCAGCACACGUUGCUCUUUGGAGGAAAAGUGAAGGUGAACCCAGCGCAUCCUAAACAGAUCGGCAGUAUUGAUCCCAACUGCCGUGUCAGUGAGGUGGUGAGGGAUGCCUAUGAAAAUGCACGAACCCUCUGUGAUCGGUAUUACAUGAACUCCCCAGAUCUGGUGCUGGAGGAAUUCAACGUUGCAGAACAGGGGAAUCCCAUCACUGUGGUCUAUGUUCCAUCACAUUUGUAUCAUAUGGUCUUUGAACUUUUCAAGAAUGCCAUGAGAGCCACCAUGGAGUUAUAUGGGGACGCCAUAGAAUAUCCUGCCAUCCACGCACAGGUUGCACUUGGAACUGAAGAUCUGACCGUCAGGGUGAGCGAUCGUGGAGGAGGCGUGCCGCUGCGUAAGAUUGACAGACUGUUUACCUACACUUACUCCACAGCUCCUCGGCCCAGCAUGGAGGCGUCCCGCGCUGCUCCUCUGGCUGGUUACGGCUACGGCCUUCCCAUCUCGCGGCUGUACGCCAGGUACUUUCAAGGGGACCUGAAGCUGUACUCCCUGGAGGGUUACGGAACUGAUGCUGUGAUCUACAUUCGGGCACUGUCUACCGAGUCCAUCGAGAGGCUGCCCGUGUACAACAAGUCGGCAUGGAAACAUUACAAGACGAUCCACGAGGCAGACGACUGGUGUGUGCCGAGCAAAGAGCCUAAGGACAUGACAACAUUUCGUAGUUUCUAGCUGCACAUGGCUGUAUCAAGGUGGUUGUUUUACAGGAUUUGGUUGGUGUGCUGUUGUGAAUGAACGAUUAUGUAAGAGUAUUGCAAUAGGAAUUACAUUGCAGGAAUGGUAACUUGAGAGUUUGUCUCUUUCGUAUAGAAAGCUUAAAAAAAUAGUUGUAGAACAAAAGUAUAGUGCCAUAUAUUUCAUGCAAACAAUAGAUGUUUUUUUUUUUUUUUUCAGUACACAGCAGCUUUAGAGGCCGAUCUUAACUGAUGUUUCUAAUAACAUCUUUUUAUGCUCUGCUGGUUUUUGGCUUUUGUUUGAUAUGCUUUAUUGCAUAGCUGCUUUAAUUUUGCUGAAAGUAGAACUUUAUUCCUCUGUGUAUGUAGACUGGCUUCUUGUCUAUUCCUCCAUCCACUCUGUGUGAGGUUUGCUGCUUUCUUUGGGAACACGUUACUGAAUUGUCGCAGCUCAGUAUUCAGCUACUUGGCUGUUUUUAAGGGAUGAUGUUUUAACAGAUUACAAAUGGCCAUCAAGGCUAAAAGUGUAUGAACCAAGAAAAGCAGGUGCCAGGAAGAUGAGAAUGUACCUGCUGAAAAUGAUGUUUAUACAAAAGCAUGUUGCAUUCAUCCUGGAAAAACAUCUUUACCACGUUUUCUCAUAACAGGAUAUUCUGUCAGAAUUAUUCAGGGAAAUCGGAGGCAUGAGAAAAUCAUCACUAGGCUGAAGUUGGCAGCUAAUUUGCAGCUUAUUGGAAAGUUAAGGGAAAAAUUAAAGGGAGACCUCGACCUUUCUAACCCUAGAAAUAUGUUAUACACACAUUUUCCACUUCAUCUGUGUGGAUUACUGCAGUUGCCGUAAUUUUAUCAGUGUUAUCAGUCCAGAGUUACAGUGAUUUCAGUCACUGGUUUUUAUGUCACACUUGUGACUCCAAAUGAUUCAGCCCUCGAUAGGUCAAACUUUUAUUUAUCAUAUCUCUUAGGCGUAACUUAAAUGUCUGUUUCCUGCGAGAGAAGACAAUCUUUUCGAACCAAAGGAGUUGGAGUAUACAUGGCACAAAGCCUUUAACCCUUGAAAAGCCCUCGUAAAUUUGCACACAGCACCAGUUUUGGCUCCUCAUUUCAGUGGCAAACAGUCCUGGGCAAGACUGGCAGCAAUGCUUGUAUGUACAAAUUUACCUUUCCCCUUAAAACUUGCAAAUUAGAAGCUGUAAACUGGACACUGACUUGAGCCCACUUAUCCUUUUCUCAUGAGAACAUCUUUAAGACAAAAAUCUUGCAUUUCAUUGCAGUGUGUGGUUACAUAUUUAGAUCUCACCAGUAUUGUAAGCUAUGAUCAUUUUCAAACUUAAAUUGUAUUGUGGAAUGGAUCUCCAUUACUCAAUUUAAAAAAAAAGAAAAAAAGAAAGACAUGUAGCAAAAUUUCACAUUAAAGGCUAUGCAGGUAGAACAAAGGAGAAGGAUCGAAGGUGAAAACUCCAUUGAAAGAGGAAAUUUGAGGAAGUUCUAUCAACUAGACCUCAUGUGAAUUGAAAUUUUAGCAGUCAUGUAACAUUUAGUUCUGACCUGGGGCAUUUUCUAAGAGCUUAAAUCCAAAUUUCCAUUAAUGUGACAAACAUGGAACAAAUUUCAAAUGGGAAUUGCAUUGUAUGUUGCUCUGGAGGGCAAAAGGUCUACACACUCUGUACAGUGACCACUGGUGUAAAUGGUUGAAUAAAUGAUGGGAGAUGAGAGAGCA